GGGAUGCCGCCAGGCAGCCGGAUGCCCAUGGCAGGGCUGCAGGUGGGACCACCGGGAGCUCCCCCCUACGGAGCAGCCUCCCCGAUGAGACCCGGCCUGCCGCAGUCGAUGAUGGACCCCUUCAGGAAGCGCCUGCUGACCCCCCAGGCACAGCCGCCACUGGCCACCCAGAGGAGAGGGGUGAAAAGGAGGAAGAUGGCUGACAAGGUCCUGCCGCAGAGGAUCCGGGAACUGGUCCCAGAAUCCCAGGCCUACAUGGACCUCCUCGCCUUUGAGCGCAAGCUGGACCAAACCAUCGCUCGGAAGAGGAUGGAGAUUCAGGAGGCCAUUAAGAAACCGCUGACGCAAAAGCGGAAGCUGAGGAUUUACAUCUCCAACACUUUCACCCCAGCCAAAGAAGAAGGGGAGGGUGGUGAGCGUGUGGCUUCCUGGGAGCUACGCGUGGAGGGCAAACUGCUGGAGGAUCCGAGCAAGCAGAAGAGGAAGUUCUCCUCCUUUUUUAAGAGCCUCGUCAUUGAGCUGGACAAAGAGCUGUACGGGCCAGACAACCAUCUGGUGGAGUGGCACCGGCUGCCCACAACCCAGGAGACUGAUGGCUUCCAAGUGAAGCGUCCCGGCGACGUCAAUGUGAAAUGCACUCUGCUGCUCAUGCUGGAUCACCAGCCACCACAGUACAAACUGGACCCUCGCCUGGCUCGCCUGCUCGGGGUGCACACCCAGACCCGCGCCAGCAUCAUGCAGGCACUCUGGCUUUACAUCAAGCACAACAAGCUGCAGGACAGUCACGAGAAGGAGUACAUCAACUGCAACCGCUACUUCCGCCAGAUCUUUAACUGCAUCCGCAUGCGCUUCUCGGAGAUCCCCAUGAAGCUGGCGGGGCUCCUGCAGCACCCAGAUCCCAUCAUCAUCAACCACACCAUCAGCGUGGACCCCAAUGACCAGAAGAAGACGGCCUGCUAUGACAUCGACGUGGAGGUGGACGAUCCCCUGAAAGCUCAGAUGAGCAAUUUCCUGGCUUCCACCACCAACCAGCAGGAGAUCGCCUCCCUGGAUGCCAAGAUUCACGAGACCAUCGAAUCCAUCAACCAGCUGAAGACGCAACGCGAUUUCAUGCUGAGCUUCAGCAACAACCCGCAGGAUUUCAUCCAGGAAUGGAUCAAAUCCCAGAGGAGGGACCUCAAGAUCAUAACGGACGUGAUCGGGAACCCCGAGGAGGAGCGGCGAGCCGAGGUCUACCAGCAGCCCUGGCCCCUCUCCCUGCCUGACCGCCCUCCUCUCCUCCAGGUCCAGCAGCGUCGGCAGGAACUGGAACAAGUGCUCGGGAUCCGCCUCACCUAA